UAUUAUAAUAUUCGUUUCCUUUAUCUUCUCUGAGAGAGACCCGUAUUAAUUUACGAACUGUCUGAAUGUUCUGUUCUUAGGAGGGCUGUUUUGGUCAGCUUGUCCUGUUUCUCCCUUUCUCUUGCAAAAGAAAAAAAAAAAAAAGAGCAAAAGAAAAGAUCUUUGCCCUCUCAAGCUCUACUAAUUCGACUCUUCCUUGAUUUGGAUUUGCUGAUUUUUGGUGAUCAUUAUGAUCUUCAACCAGGUAAUUUAAAGAAAAGAUGAUACAAGAUUGGAGCUUCUUCUAGUAUAGGUCCUUGACAUAGUUAUAAUUGUUUUUAUUUAUUUGUUUGGAAGUUGAAAGUGUCAUUUUUUAAGCUUCUGGUUCUGGGUUACUGAGAAAAAGUCCCGUGCUUUAUUAGAGGAAAGGAGAAUGAUACAUGAAGUUAAAAGUUUCGGCUACGAUGUUUUACUUUCUGGGUUCUGUUUAAUCUUCAUAUGGGCAUCAAAUUUGUAAAAAGAGGAAUAUUUUUUCAUUGGUUUGAGAUGGGAUUUUUGCCUCCGGUUUUGUUCUCACUUUGUGAAGUUGGGGUUCUUUUCACUUUGGUGGGUCGGUUUCUGCUCUGAAGCAGCAGCUUUUUCGAAGUUUGGAGCUUUGAUUGGAUUUAUUAGUAAGUCAUGAUCAAGCAGAUACUCGGUAAGCUUCCACGGAAGCCAUCUAAGUCAGCUGAAAAAUCUGACUUUGGGGGUUCAUCUGCUCCUUCAAAUGCUUCUUUCAGUUCAAGAAGUAGUGAUCUAGCGAGUACCGGGCCAAUAAAUGCGAAUAGUAUAUCUCUUCCUAGCCUUGAUUCUGUUUCAAAUUUAGGAUAUAGUCAUGGAAGUAGGCUUGCCCAAGUUGCAAAUACAAAGCCAAAUGGCAACUUAGUAACUGCUUCCUACGAAGCCUUGCCAGCAUUUAGGGAUGUCCCAAGCUCCGACAAGCAGAACUUGUUUAUCAAAAAGCUGAACUUGUGUUGUGUUGUCUUUGACUUCACCGACCCGACUCAGCAUCUGAAGGAAAAAGAAAUUAAAAGACAGACAUUGCUUGAGCUGGUGGAUUAUGUUACUUCUGCAAAUGGGAAAUUCAGUGAAUCUGUCAUGCAAGAGGCUAUAAAGAUGGUGUCCGUGAAUUUGUUUCGGUCAAUGUCUCCACAACCCCGCGAGAAUAAGGUCGUCGUGGAAGGUUUUGAUCUGGAAGAGGAAGAGAGUUUAAUGGACCCUGCAUGGCCACACUUGCAAAUUGUGUAUGAAUUCUUUCUAAGGUUUGUUGCAUCUCAUGAAACCGAUGCAAAGUUGGCCAAGAGGUACAUUGAUCAUUCUUUUGUUCUCAAGUUGUUGGAUCUGUUUGAUUCCGAGGAUCCUAGGGAAAGGGAGUAUCUCAAAACGAUAUUGCAUCGCAUAUAUGGAAAGUUCAUGGUGCAUCGCCCGUUUAUAAGGAAGGUGAUCAACAACAUAUUCUUCUGUUUUAUUUUCGAGACAGAGAAGCAUAAUGGGAUUGCUGAGCUUUUAGAGGUUUUGGGAAGUAUAAUCAAUGGUUUUGCUCUGCCGCUUAAAGAAGAGCACAAAUUAUUCCUUGUCCGGGCUCUGAUUCCCCUUCAUAAACCGAAAUGCUUACCGAUGUAUCAUCAGCAGUUGUCAUAUUGCAUUACGCAGUUCGUGGAGAAAGACUGCAAGCUUGCAGAUACCGUCAUAAGAGGUUUGUUGAAGUAUUGGCCGAUUACUAAUAGUUCAAAGGAAGUUAUGUUCCUAAGUGAACUGGAGGAAAUUCUAGAAGCAACUCAGCCAGCAGAAUUUCAAAGAUGUAUGGUACCCCUUUUUCGUCAGAUUGCUCGUUGCUUGAGCAGUUCUCACUUUCAGGUGGCGGAGAGGGCUUUGUAUUUGUGGAACAAUGAUCACAUUGAGAACUUAAUUAGACAAAACUGUAAAGUGAUACUUCCCAUCAUCUUCCCGGCCUUGGAGAAUGGUCGUAAUCACUGGAACCAAGUGGUCCAAAGCUUGACGCUUAACAUCCGCAAGAUUUUCUCCGAUGUUGAUCCUGAACUGUUUGAGGAGUGUUUGUGCAAAUUUCAGGAGGACCAAUCAAAACUGGGGGAGACAAGAAGAAAACAUGAAACUGUGUGGAAGCGUUUGGAAGAGAUUGCUGCAUCAAAAGCUGCUGGUGAAGCAAUUCUUGUUCCUACCUCAAAACCAACAGAAACACUUUCAAGUUAGUCAUACUCGCCAUAGUUAAGAGUCUCGAUUUGUUGUUCUUUUUUUUAUUGUUGUCAAGGGAGCAAGUAGAUGAAUGGUUUGCUUUGAGAGGUCGGAUGCUUGUCGAUUGCUGUCCACACGAUUUGCUGUUCAUGCUUCUAUACAUGGCCUUAAUGCACGAGACAUUUAAUUGAAAAUAUGAAGUCGGAUUCUUGAAUCAGCGCAGAUAUCAUAAGGGGGUUACACCACAAGUAAGAGUAGAAGAUUGCCCAGAAUGGAUAUAUUUCUAUAGCUAAUGCUUGAGAUGGCAUGACGAAACCACCAAUCACCAAGCACUUUACUUACUUAUAUACGGUUUUAAUCAGUUCCAUAUACUUGAACUAAAAUCUUCUAUGUUAUGUAGUAUAAUACCUGUUGAUUGAGCUAUUUAGGAGAUUCUUUUUUGUUGUGUGUGAAAUCCUGUUUAAUAUUUUAUACAUAAACUAAUAAGGUCCUUAUUGGCUUUAAGCCAGACUGAUUGUCGUGGAUUGUUCUUUCUAGUUUGUUGUGACAGGCAAAGAUGAUAUUUCCUGCUUGUUUCUUCUUACAAAAAUCAA